GCGCGCAGCUCCCGGUCGCCGGAGCCUAUGAGCGGCUGCGCGCCGCCCCGUCGGCUCUCGGGCAGCAGCGAGCGGCGGAGCCGCCGGGUGAGCGCGGGCGGGCGGCCGGUGCCGGCGGCGCGGCGGCGGCGGUGCGGCAGGAUGUGAGCGGGGCGGCGGAGCGGAGCGGUGGGGAACGGAGUGGGACGGCGAAGCGACGCGGCGGGGAGCGGAGCGGCCAUGCCCUUCUGAGGAGCCGCGCAGGAUGUUCGGGCUGGAGCAGUUUGAGCCGCAGAGCAGUGGCCGAAGCGGCGGGCAGGCGGAGCGGGGCUUCGGCCAGCCCGGACUGAGCAUGAGCGCGCACUUCAAGGCGCCGGCCUUCCCCGGCGGAGGCCCGGCGGCCCCGGCCGUGGACCCGGCCCUAGGCGCUCUGGGCGAACCGCCCCUGCUGGGCAUGAACAUGAGCAUGGCUGGGGACGCGUACGGCUUCCCGGGCCGUGGCCCGGCUGACCUACACGGCGGCGGCGGCGGGAUGCAGCCACCGGUGCACGGCUUCUUCGGCGGGCAGCAGCCGCACGGCGGCCACGGCGGCGCCCACCACCCCCAUCAGCACCCGCCGCACUUCGGUGGCAACUUCGGGCCCGACCCCGGCGCCUCCUGCGUGCACGGCGGCCGGCUGCUGGGGUACAGCGGCGCACUGGGCGGGCAGACGGCGUUCGCCGACGGCUACGAGCACAUGGCCGAGAGCCAGGGCGGUGGCGAGGGCUUCGGACAGCAGCGCCCCGGGAACCUACCUGACUUCCAGCACCACAGCGCCGGUGCUUCCAGCCACGCUGUUCCGGCUCCCUGCCUGCCCCUCGACCAGUCCCCGAACCGCGCCGCAUCCUUCCACGGGCUGCCGGCGGCCGGGUCCUCUGAACCCCACGGCCUGGAGCAGCGGCGGUUGCCCGCGCAGGGCAGCGUGGACUCGCUGGAAUACAAUUACCCCGGCGACGGCCCCGGCGGCCACUUUGAGCUGCCCGUCUUCUCGCCGUCGGAGCCAGAGGGGCAGCUGCCUCACUACGGCGGCGGACGGCAGGUGCCGGCGGGCGGCAGUUUCGCGGGAGCACCCGCCCUACCCCGGGCACCGGGCAUGGCCGUGGCCAAGGCACACCCACCGCAGCAGCACGGUGUCUUCUUCGAGCGCUUCGGGGGAGCGCGGAAGAUGUCCACCAGCCUGGAGUCGGGGGCCAGCGCCCGGCACUCGCUGAUGCAGCAGCAGCAGCCGCCACCGCCGCAACCACCACAGCAGCCGCCGGGCUUGCUGGCCAGACAGAACUCCUGCCCGCCAGCCAUCCCUAGGCAACAGCAAACAGAAGCCAACGCUCCCAACCCCAACCUGCAGGACAAUGGGCCCAUAAUGCAGAACCAGCAUGCACAGUUUGAAUACCCUAUUCACAGACUGGAGAACAGGAAUAUGCAUCCCUACACCGACCCCGUGUUUAAUAUGCAGCACCCUCCUCCGCAACAGCCACCAAAUCAAAGACUGCAGCACUUCGAUGCCCCCUACGUGAGCGUCGCCAAGAGGCCGCGGUUUGACUUCCCCGGCAACCCUGGCGUCGAGCGCUGCGCCUCCUGGGGCAGUGGCAUGCAUGGCCCGGCCAUGGAGAGCCAUCUCUCUCCAACGGCCUACCCCGGCCUGCCAGGCGAGUUCACCCCGCCGGCACCAGAGGCCUUUGGGGGGCCCCUGCCGCACGGCGGCCCCGAGCACCCAGCGCUGGCGCAGCGCCAGAACGCGGCCCUGGUGAUGAAGCAGAUGGCUUCGCGCAGCCAGCAGCGCCUGCGGCCGCCCAGCCUGCAGCAGCUGGGGCACCAUGGCGAGGUGGGCCCACCUGGUGGCCUCCCACCACCCGCUUUUGAGCGAGAGGCCGGCGGCGGCCGUGGCUUUGACCCACCGGCACCACACCUAGCCCCUGACAGCGCCUGGUUUGCAGGGCCUCCGCCGCCCGGGGAGCUGCUACCGCGGCGCAUGGCAGCACCGGGGCUGCCAGCUGAGGCGGCCCCCCAUGAGCUGGGCCUGCAGCCGGGUGGUGCAGCCGUGCUCUUCCGGCCGGGCGCCGGUGGGCUGGGGCUGCAGGAGCCGCUGCGGAUGGCAGGCGAGGGUCCGGCGCAGGCCUUGCCCUCGCCUGGUGUCCACCCGCCCUUUGCGCCUGCCAUGGGUGGCCUCUCGCAGUUGCAGUCGCCGGGCGGUGGAGUGGCACUGCCCAGUGCCCCCUCUGAGCGCCGUGGCCCUGCUGACUUUGGUGCCCAGCCCAGCUUCUCCUUUGCAGCAGCGUCACGGCAGCCGGCGGCCCAUGGGGCUGCGCCAGCCCUCAGCGCCUCGCCAGGUGCCUACCCACCACCCCCACCUGAGUUUCCCCCACCGCCGCCACCACGCCCUGCUGCUAGCAAGCUAGGUGCCCUCUCGCUGGGCUCCUUCAGUAAGCCGGCAAGCAAGGACAACGUCUUUGGGCAGAGCUGCUUGGCUGCCCUCUCCACUGCCUGCCAGAACAUGAUCGCCAGCCUGGGUGCCCCCAACCUCAAUGUCACCUUCAACAAGAAGAGCCCAGCUGAGGCCAAACGCAAACUCAGCCAGGCCGAUCCUGACCCACCGCCGCCUGCUGCCCCGGACUACUUCCCAGCAGGGCCACCAGCAGGUGGGGGUGGCACGGGCAAGGCGGCCGGCGCUACCCCGCUGCUGCCCGCUGAGAGCAGCCUCUCGCCCGGCUACGCGCUGGAGCCGGCAGCCGGUGGCGAGGGGAAGGCGGGUGGCGGGCGGGGGCGGGGCCGCCGGAAACGGGACAGUGGGCACGUCAGCCCUGGCACCUUCUUCGAGAAGUUCUCAGCUACAGAGGGUGGUGGGGCUGGUGUCAGCCCGGGGCAGCCGGCAGUGCCGGCAGCAGCAGGGGGCCCACCAGGGCCCACGGGUGCAGAGCGUGGUGGGGGCACCCCCCAUGACAAGCCCCUGACCUCGCCCUCCUGGGGCAAGGGUAGUGAGCUGCUGCUGGGGGAGCAGCCUGACCUGAUGUCCUCCCUGGACAGUGGCAUCCAGAGCGUGACCAAGUCGGAUGGCAGCUCCCCUCACGUGGACUUUCCUGACGAGGUCAGCACCAGCUACGGCAACGAGGACGAGGUGUCCUCCAGCUCCGACAAUGCCACCUCCAAGCCCACCCGCAGCCCACUGCUGGGCGGCUCGCCCAAGCUGCCCCGUGCAGAGCACGCACUUCUCAACGGACAGAAGCCCCUGGCCCUCGGCCUCCUCAGUACAUCUACCUCGACCCCCGACAGCUAUGGGCUCAGCACCACGGCGGGCACCCAUCCUGGCACGCCGAGCAUGGAACAGGUGCGGACCCCCACGAGCACCUCAGCCCAGGACGAGAUCCACCCCCUGGAGAUCCUGCAGGCGCAGAUCCAGCUCCAGCGGCAGCAGUUCAGCAUCUCGGAAGACCAGCCCUUGGGGCUGAAGAGCAAGAAGGGGGAGUGCACGGGGCAGAACGGGGACAGUGACCUGGGCAGCUGCUGCUCAGAGGGCGUCAAGGGCGCCAUGAGCACCAUCGACUUGGACUCCCUGAUGGCGGAGCACAACUCCACCUGGUACCUGCCCAGCGAGAAGGCCCUGAUGGAGGGUCAGGAGGAGGACAAACCCAUGGCACCCUGGGAGAAGCCCAAGCCCCCGAACCCCAGCAAAGAAGCCCACGACCUUCCCCCGAGCAAGACCUCGGCGGCGGCGGCGCAGACGGGCAGCCACCUGCAGUGCCUCUCGGUCCACUGCACGGACGACGUGGGCGAGGCGAAGGGCCGGACUGCCGUGCCGACGUGGAGGUCCCUGCACUCGGACAUCUCCAACAGAUUUGGGACUUUUGUGGCUGCCCUGACUUGAACAAAAGAAAUUAUUUUUUUCUCUCUUUUUAAUUUCAAAGGGCCGCUACUGCUAGGUGGACUAUUUUUCUAGGUUGGUACCUGCUUAGUGGCAUAUGGACUGGAAAGGGUUAAUUUAAAGUAAACCUCAAGUUUUUUUUAAUCUUCUGCCACAGUAUGUUACCAGUGUUAACCCUUCUGCAGUUAGCACACUUUUGCUUAAGAUUUUCCUGCUAGACCACUUUUUUCCCAUUAUUCUGUAACCUUGGCAUACAUUACUAGAUGAGGCCUUUUCCUUUUUCAUCUCAGCGUAUGUCCAAGUCACGUAUGUCAUAAUAAGACAAAGAUCCUCCUUCUCCUCCUCUUCCUCAUUUGCUUUGUUUUUCCUUUUUGUUUUGUUUUGUUUAAUUUUGCUUUGGUCAGUGCUUAUUGCCAUGGUGGUCCUGAAGAACAGCAGUUGAGGAAUAAACGCCGGUUAAAGUGAAAUGGUUCAUCGUCAUAUCCUGUGUUGUCUUGGCACCCAGCUCCUGCCAGUCGCACACAAACCAAACAGUUAAUGCUCUGCUGGAUUGUCAGGCAAGGAACCUGCCCUUCCCUCAGAAAACCGGGUUCUGUUGCUGGUUGCCUUCAGCUUUGUUUGCUCUCUGCCUGUCCCCAUGAGGUGGGAACCCUGGUCCCAGUUCUAUCCUGAGCCCAGAGGAGCUCAGCUGUGGGCUAGUUCAGGGACAGCCAGGGAAGUUUGUCUAAGUAAGUCUAACAGGAAGUUUACUAAAUAAUUAAGAGUCAUUAUCUCCUGUACCAAACACCCAGGCUCUCUCUCUCUGCUAGUGAGAAGGAGCAGGGGAUGCUUUCCAGUGUGGUUCCAGCCUCCUGGUCUUGGCGAUGCUCCUACAGCACUGAUGGAGGAAACCCCCACCAAGGGCAACCGUGGUGUAUGCUGUUUCAGGAUGUGGCUGGGUCUGGGUCUGUCUCCACCUGUGGCCACCCUCACUGCAGCCCUGCCAGGCAGCAUUUUUAGCUGAAUGAAGACACUGUUGAGCAGAAACAGAGCUCAUCAUUCCACACUUGGAUCCUGGGGCACCCUGACCCCUGCCACGGCACUCCUGGUAUGGUGGCAGUGAUCUGGGACAGCCCAAGUAGAGUGGGACAAGGAAGGCUGUACGUCCUGGCUCAGCAUUUCCCAGUUUGCCAGGGCAGGGAGACCCCACAUUAGACACUCCUCCCACCCCCACUUCCUCCCCCCACUCUCAUCCGAGGCCCCGUUUUUGCCACGCAUUGAGGAACAGUGUUUCUGGAUGCACACAAUGAAAGGAAAACCAGACUUUCCUGCUCCUGAUAGAUAAUGCUCAUUUGAGAAGAAAGUUGGAAGCAGACCAGCUCGAGGCAGGGCUGAGGCAAGGCUCCGGCGCUGCCGUGGUUUUGUGUUGGGCUGUCCAUUAUUGUGUGUCCUCUGAGCCGUCCCACCAGCUCGGGGCAGCUCCCUUCCCGCUGCUCCCUGCAGCUUAGCAUCGUGGCUGGAGAUGUAGGAUUUAGCUGGGAAAUAAAGGCUGGCCUCUCUAGGGUUAUUUACUGCUGCUGUCAGGAGUUCACAAAACGCCUCCCUCCUCAGGGGAUGGAGUUUGAAGACUGCUUUGUAUUUUAUCUUUGAUGGUUGUGCUGGGCCCUUAAAUUAUUUUGAAGCAAUGUUCUCUCUAGACACCAAUGGUGAGGAAGUUCUGCCUAAAAUGCCAGUGGCAUGGGGUGGUCUGGACCCCUCAUUCUGUCAGAGGUGGCUUCAGAGAGACUCUUGGUGUUUGGAAAUGUUAGCUGAAUGUGCUCUUAUUAACCGUGCAUGGAUUGAAUUCCUCUCAUGGGUCUGGUCAGUGACUUUGGAUAGAUUUGGGUGGUUUUGGACCCUGGUUCUCAGUAACAUUUUACUUUUCAUUGAAGUUGGAGCUGCCAGGACGAUAAGGAUUUUUGCUUAUCCUGGAGCAGUUGGCUGUGGAGCUGCUUACACCUGUUUGGAAGGAGAGGGUGGGAUGUGUUGUACCUUCUGGCAGUGUGUGUGCAGCCAAAAGCUCAAGGUCCUCCCUGUCCCUGCAGUAAAACAUCACUGUCCCCAGCUGGAUACCAGAACAGUGGUGCCAGCCCCCACUCUGGAGGAUGCCUCUUUCCCUGUGACUUCUAAAGUCCCAGUGCACCCAAGUAUGUGUUUAAAUCCUGUCCAGCAGAGCACUCAUGGGCUGAGCUGAGAGGGGUCUGUGCAGGAUGAGUCUCAUCCUCAGCUCCCACUGUGUCUGGGCGGGCCCUGGAGAAACCCCAGCAAGCACAUGCCUGGACAUAUGAUACGGUGUUUCAGUGCUUGCAGCUGAACAUUUAGGAAGAGUUCAUGGUCUGGUGGCAUUCCUGUGCUGCAGUCAGCCCCAUGGUUUGCUUCUUUGUUUUGAGUUUUUCCUGCUGCAUUCACAAGAACAGGUUUUUCAGGCUUCCUGAGGUCAGGGAUGCACACCCUGUGCUACCGGGAAGAGACCUUUCAGUGAGUGCUGCAUGAGCCAUUUCAGAUCUCUUUUAAAGAGAAAUCCUCCUUCAAGUAGAAAUGUGGUGAGUCAGUUGCUAUCACCCACCCUUUUUUCCUGGUUUGCUCUCUGCGCUUUGUGUUGCUCUUCUGGAGUUGUUCUCAUUCACUUGGGACUUUUCACUUGCUCAUAAAAAUACAAAGUGGAAGCAAUUUCUUCAAGCCCAGUGGCAUCCUUUCGGGUUUAGAUCUAUGACAGGAGGAGGGCAGGACAAGCUGUUCUGAAGGCAAGGGACGUGUGCAGGAGCUGCUACACUUCUGCUGCAGCAUGGCUGUCGCUGCCAGACCACAAGGCAGUGGGAGAAGGGGACUUCUAGUUAUUUUGAAACAAUGGUUGUCUGUCUUCUGGGCCUUUUUGUCCGUGUAGUUUUGCUGAGGAACACGGUCACACAGAGUUCUUUUGCUCACCUCCUAUCCGUUUGGUCCUGCCUGCUUCAAGUGACAUCAUAACUGGGCAAAGGAAGCUCUGCAUGGGGCAACUCAGCAGAGCCAGGACCAACCUGAGCUUUUGGCCAAAGACCAGGACAGGAGUGGUACGUGGGCUGAGCAGGACAAGUACCUUGUCAUGCUCGUGACCUGCUGUGUUUGGUACUGGCAGAGCUAGAGCUUUGCCACGGAGUGUGUGUGGCCUGCAGUGAUUGCACUGUGCUUGUUUUCUCCACUCUUCGGCACUGAAUGCACCGAUUUCUGUCUUCUUUUAACAGACAUAAAGCACCAGCACAGCCCAGCAUGAAGUGAUUUAUGCCCAACACAAUACUCCAGCUGAAGUAGUCCUGGAAGCUGUAGGUAAAAGUUUGUAGUGCAGGAACUAAGUUGCACUCUUGUGGAGAGGGAAAUUGAGGCACAAAGAGUGUCAGCCCGAUCUGGGUCAAAGGCACAUUGGUGGCAGGGCUGAGCAGUCCCUGAGGUCUGGCUGCUGCCCACAGCCUGUGUUGCUGAGCUGCACAGCUCAGUGCUGGCUGACUUCAGAGGAUAAGCCAGUGCAACAGGGUGACAUUUUAUGAGCUAUGUGUCCCCAGGUGACUUGCGCAGAGCUAGAAUAACGUCAGCUUGCAGCUGCUCGUCCUGCUGGGCUUCUAGAGAGGGAUAUUGAACCAAGAAGUCAAAGACCUGUGGUUAAUGUGCCAUUAAGAUAUGCACAAUCUUCGUGUUGUGGGCAACAGCUCCAAUGUGGCUUCCCCAUAUUGUGGAGACUUCUGCCUUGCCUGGCCCCAGGUGCCAGGUUUGUGGAGCCUGGAUGUCUCCUGCCCCUGCUCCCCAUCUCCUUUGGUAUUCGUUAAGGCAUUAUCCUUGAAGUUAAGCACAUAAACAAGCAGAGCAAAACUUCUUGCAUUUAAAUUGGGAGGAGUGGCAAAAUCUCCCUUUGCCAAAGCAAGGAGAGAACAGGCCUUAUUUAUCACCUGCUCCUGGCAACUGGCUCUGGAUCCCAUUUCCCUGGUCCUCUGCCAUUCCAGCUCAGCUGUCAGAGCAGCAGUGAGGGAGUUUACCCUUGGUUUGGUUGUGGUGACUCUCAUCACAUCAGUAAGGAUUUGUUGUGUGGCACAGGCAGAAGAGAAUGAACAUCACCUGGACACUGAAUGUCUGUGGGGAUGCUCAGAGGCCACCUGCCCUUCCCAAAGAGGGGACCGGUGUUGGGCUUCCACUCACUGAGGGUGAGGCAGAACCUUCACCCCUUUGGUGAGGAGCAGGAGGGUGCAGGGCAGCGACCUGGCAGUGGUGGGCACUGUGUGGGGAGUGACAGACAAACAAACCUGGUCCAUUUUGAUGAUUUUUAUUACGCUGCAGUGUAAGGUUUUCUCCGCUGGGUUCCUGGCCAUUGGCUGGAUGGUGUGUGAGAGCAUAGCCCAUUUCUAUAGAUUUGUUUCUCCUUUCUUGCUCAAGGCUAAUGAGGGAAAUAGUCUAAUUUUGUCUUAGAAGUCCUCUAUUAAAACAGUGGUUUUGUGUCCAUCCGCUCGCAGAUUCCAGCCGAUGGAACUGCGGGCUGCGAUUUCCAGCAGUUCCAAACUCUAUCACUCUCCGAGAACAUUACAGCUUUAAAAACAGCCUUAAGCAAAAGGAUGUGAUUUCUUUGUACUGAAUUUGGUUCAUGGAAGAGCAAAAAUGAAACCCAACAACAACAAAAGAAAAAAAAGCCACCUGAGAACACUGGUAAAUCCGUGCUGCAUCGCCAACUGAGAACGUUAUUGCACAUGUAAAAUACAAGACCUUGCCCCUGCUGUGUGUUAGGCAAUCCUGUAACCUUCCUUCUCCUUUUGGUUUUGUUGGGUUGGGUUUUUUUUGUUGUUGUUUUUGUUUUGUUUUGUUUUUAUUUUUCCUUUUAUUUCCUUUUAUUUUUUUUUUUUGCAUUCUUGUUAAAUUCAUUUCUUCAAUGCUUGGUUGGAAGACUGUGACAACAGCUCAUGAAAUUGAGUGUUCCUCUUUCUCUUCUUCUUUUUUAAAUAUGUAAAGUGCAGUCUUCUGUAUUCAUGCAUAUUGUACAUAUCUGUAUAUGUUUUACUGAGCAACUAAAUAACAAUAAAUAUGAUGUUAAUGGUGGCUAUUGUACAUUUCA